GGCGUUCUAGGGAGCACUAUUGUAUUCUCUCUUAGGUCUUGAGUAUAAUUAUAAGAUCAUUUCCCGUUUACUAGCUAGCAGGUCGGUUUCGGAGCGUCUUAGUCUUAGACGUCUGGAUGAGGAGCAGAGAGUAGUGUGAUGUAUCCGUUCAUACUGCUGACUUGCGUCGUGUUGAGCAGUGCGUGUGUUCCGACAUGUAGCGCCGUUACACUUGUCGUCCAGGAUAGGUCUGAGGCCGUCAGUGACGCUCCCGGGCAGCGCGUUCUUCGCAGGACUCCAUGCGGGGCUGUAACAGCACCAUGCACCAACCUCCGCGACGCGUUGGAGACGUUGCGCAGACUCAGGUCCACCAAUCUAACGCUGAGUACGGUGUUCUCUAGCGCAAGGGCAGGUAGUACGGUGGAAUACUUACUUCCAAAUGUCACAGUCACUAUACGAUUGCUAGCAGUUCAGGAGGCGGGCUGCCAUAUCGCAGCAGCGUACGAUGGAAUUGCUACCAAGUAUCCAAUCACAAUCCACAACUAUCCGGCAAACGUUAUCAUCAAAGGGUCAAGAGACAGGGGCUGCAAACGAGCGAUCAUUGUAGCACCCCGUGAGACUACUAGCGAAAUAAAAACGAUAGUCCUCAUCCAAAACAGUUCUGCAAUAGUCCUUCGAGACAUAAGCAUAGACUGGGAGUUAUCCGCCGCCCGCAUCCGGCCGACCUUGAUCUAUGUAAUGCUGUCGAAUUGGGUGCGAUUGGAGAAUGUUAAGUUUACACAGAGAUCGUUUGUUCAGAAGUUGAUGGUCGUAUCGAAUUCACAGAUGAUUCAAGUACAAGAUUGUGUCUUCGACGGAAGCCCUUUGAAAAGCUCUAUCAUCGGCCCUUUCGACAAAAUAAUUGUAUCCGCGGCCGUCGUUGUGUAUUUUAACCGAUUUAAUGCUUCUGAUCCUGAUAUUCUACAGAAGCUUGAUGCCCUCCGCCCACAGAACUGGCCUAAAACGUCGUGGAGCCCGAGCGACCAGGAAACUGUCCAUCGAAACACUGGAACGCCUCUGACCAGUCCUAACGUCCUGUUCAUUCGAUGUGAGUUCACAUCCAUAGGGGGUCAGCCUCCUCUCAUUGAUCAACGACUGAAAUCGCUGGGCGUUCGCUUCUCCAACGGUAUCGCGCUGUCCACGUUAUUUCGCAGCCGAGCUCAUUCGUGCAGCGUGGCUGCUGUGAACUGCAGUUUCGACACGAAUCGCUCUCCUGGCGGAACGGCUGUGAGGUUCGAAUUCAGCCAAGGCACGCGCAAUGUGGCCGCAGUGUUGAGGAGCAGCUUCACGAGCAAUGAAGGGCUGUUUGCAGGAGCGCUGUGCGCCUACUUCAGAUUAAUGGCGGCCAGCUGUGCUCUGCUGGUGCACAACUGCAGCUUUGAGAAGAACCUGGCGCGAAACGAGGCCGGAGGUCUCGGUGUGUAUUACAGUGACGUCACAGGGAAAACCGGAAACCUCGUGUCCGUUAUAAAGUCCAGUUUCACUCGUAACUCGGCAGGUGUUUACGGAUUCAGAGCCCCGGGCGGAGCAAUUCUGGCCGUUUCGGACCAGGCACGCUCCAGAGCGAUUCCCAACAAGCUGAGAGUUGCCAGUCGAGUACGGGUGGAAAACUGCAAAGUGUUGGGCAACAAGGGUUUCGGUGCAAUACACAGCGUACGAACAACUAUACUCUUCAGCGGAAACAAUGUUGUCAGCGGGAACAAUCUCACCGCCUUAGCGCUGAGCGAAGCCAGGGUGAACGUUACCGGAAACCUCACCAUCCGCAACAACCAUGCUGCAAACGGUGGUGCGAUACGGUUGGAACAAAACUCCAUUAUCGAUGCAUCUGAGGCAGAGAGCUUCAUCAUUCGCAGCAACACGGCUCGCGACUUUGGCUCGGCUGUGUACGCGGACCAGAUGUCGUCGACGGUAACACUGGAGGAUAUUGUUCACUCGGUCAAUGUAGACCGUGGAACCACUACAUGCCCUAUACAGCUACCCAGAGACCGACGUGCUCGGCAUGUAGCUUUACAGGCUCUGCUUCUGCACAAUGGGUCGAAGAGAAGGACGGUCUCUGCCUGGUACAUGGCCAGCCUGCAUCGGUGCUACGAGUACCUCAAGCCCUACUUGAACCAGAUCACGAACGACAAGUAUGGCAAGUACACCGACCAGUGCUACUGUAUGCCGUAUGCUCCGGCAGCUUGGGAUGGCUACAUGCAGAAUGUCUACACCCACCAAAAUGAAAAGUUUGACAAAGUUCGUUGUGACUACAUCCUGAAGCCGGACUUCCAGGAAAUUUGCCCAAAGGGUGGGGACCUCUUGGAAAUGCCCAGGGCUGUUUCUGCAUAUCCAACCUCGGCAUGCUGGCCUAGUGGCUCAAACAGGUCAAGGCUCGGAGCAGUCAGGGACCUCCGGAUGCGCGCCAACGCCACCUGCGGCAGAGCCAACGCGAACCUGUGGCAGCCAGCGCGCUGCCACAGCCGCGCCCAGGACAUCUUUGUAGUCGACCAGAUCCCCGUCAAAGCUAGCAAGCCACCAGUGCUGGGCACGAAUGCAGCCUGGAUAGUGUUUCACAAGGCCAGCACGUCUUGCUACAAACCCGUUGGAAAUGACAUAUGGUACUAUGAACGAUACUGCUCCUCCACAACCAUCAUACCUGCCUUGCUCAAUCAUCAGAAUCAACUGAACAUCAGCACCGACUGUGUGCUGCAGCGGCUGAACUUCAAGUAUCAGCGUUUACGCAAAAGCACCGCACCAUUCUUGCCGGGAUACAAACUGGUCAUGCUGCCCUGGGCCGGCUCACUACACACCUGGGACCAGUUCGAGGAGAACAUGCCGUCCACCUGCAUACAGUCACUGGCAGCCGGCACGAUGAUUACCAAUCAGAGCAUCUCCAUGCUGACGCUUCACCCGGCCCCCGGCGAGAAGUUUGACCUGAGCCUGAAAGUGGCAGACGAAAUCUUCAAUCUCAGGGCAGCACCUUUAUCCAUUAAGGCAUCCUCCAAUGGCAGUCCGGUGGUACUGCUGGGGCAGGAGCGUCACGUGUACGGGCCCGAGGAGAUUGUCGUCUUCUCAUCGCUGUACGCAUUGAACAACAUUGUGCUCUAUGGACCGGUGGGAGCGUCCGGAAACUUGGAAAUCACUGUGAUGGGUCACAAAGCGUACUUUCAAGUUGGGGAUCGCCACUUAGUUCUGCGAAUACCGUUUGUUCUGCGUCGUUGUCACCUGGGAUUCCGUAAUCUGACAACAAGUCGAGCGGAUGCUGAGAGUAUUGUGGGACAGUUAUCGCAGAGCAACAACAAGACCGACCAGAAACCCUGGACUUACAAGCCCUACAAGAUUGCUGUGGAUGACGACAAGCAGAAGAAGAAACGCCUGCGGACGAAAAGCAAGCCACGUAAUCCGGCCUUUGCCAGGGUGUUCAAGUUCCUCAGCUGCCAGUGUGCCAAGCCGGGGAACGAGCAAUGUGUCGUGGAUUGCUACGAUGGCCGGCAUGUGAAAAUCAGCGAGAGGUGCUGGGCAGGGGAUCAGAGCGAGACAACGAUUACUGCAACUGGCGCCAGGGUAAUCUUUGCGCAGCUCAACAAGGCGAGCUCAAAGUCCAAUACACCACAUUCAUACUCAGCUGGAUGGCCACGUAGGGAUCAGCAUCGAUUCGUGUCUGGAUUCUGCGAGCGAAUCGAGUGUCAGUACCGGACUGAAGAGCAAAUGUUGACGGAGAGGAAUGGCACCUGGUGGCUGACAUGGAGUAAUCCGUGUGCUACGGAGUGUCACUGCACUGGACCGCUGUGUUCGGUGUGCCUAGACGGCUACAUCCGCUUGCCCAGCUCCAUAGGCUGUGUGGAUUGCCGCAAGGCCAAGUUCAAGAUCCACUUCUGGACGUUCUUCCUGCUCAUGACACUCGCCAGUCUUCUACUGGUUGUCGCGCUACUCUUGCUCAACAUCGGUGUAUCCCCGACUUUGGACAGCUGGUACUUGUUCACACAGCUGUUCUGUAACAUAUCCGGCUAUUCAUCGUGGCAUAGUGGACAGCUGUUGCGUGCCGUGAAUACAUUUGGCCUGGGUUUGGUGUGCCAGUACAAGUCUGUCACGGUACCGCAAGCCAGCACGUCCCAGCUCUUCAUUCCACUGUUCAUGGUGAUCGUGACUCUUGUCAUGUGGGUCAUGGCCCGGCGAGGUGUGGCUACUCCGGUCUGGAAGUUUUUCCAGAAACGCAACUCCAUCAUCCAGGUGUUCUGGCUCGUCAUUCUGUGCUCGUCGUACCAAUUAGCGUACGUUUCCAUGACGAUACUGCGCAAGGCAGAUCUGAGCGGCAAGCCGGUGGUGUUCCACGACGGGACCUUGAGGUACUUUGGCCCGGAGCACUUCCCGUCCGCCGUGAUAGCCAUUUGCACGCUUGUGUUCGUGGUGCUCCCUAUGCCGGUUCUGUUGCUAUGGUGACCGCUGCACAUCUGGCCGUCGCUGCUGAGCAUUCUGGACGAGGCGACACACAUCUACGAGCCGCACCGGCAGUGGUGGGCGUCGGUGAACGUGAUCCGCCGCCUGGCCUUUGCCGCCAUCCACUCGCUGACACCCAACGUUGUGGUGCGGCGCGUGACGUUUACACUGAUGCUCUGUAUAUUCCUAGCCGGUCACUGCACAUUCCGGCCGUUCAAGCGAGGACGCACGGUGUGGCGCUUGCCGGAUGCCGACAAUCUAUUCGAAACCGGCAUCCUGCUACUGUUGACGUUGCUGAGUAUCGUGGACAUUGUUCAGCAGGAUGUGCCUAGCUCCGGGGAUGUGAUCGCUUUGGGCAUCUGGGCAAAGCUGGCCAUCUACAUUGGCGUAACCAUCGUCUCGUUCGCAAUCGGCUUCCACAACUACACGCGCAGCUGGCAUCACACUCUGACGAGACAGCCGCGCCGCACCGCUCAGGACGUAUGUCUGGUAAGCAGCAGUGACAGCGAUGACGAUGAUGAUCCCGCGGCUGAGAAUGCUGACUCAGGUCAAACCGAACAGCAAAACGUUUCUUCUAGGGACCACCGGCGCUCAUCCAAUUCAAGGUCUGCCGGUUCAAGGAGAUCUAGCCGAAGGACGGACCUGAGGGAGUCAUUGUUGAUGGACUGCUUGUAGAUUGUCGAGAAUACGGUGCGACCGGUACCCCACUGGGUCACAUGGUGACAAAUUCAACACAUUGCUGCCAGCACGUCUCACUACAUCACCUGUUUUUGUAUUGUUACAACGGCCUUUGAGACCUUCAGUCACACUUAGAGUCUUAGUUCUAACUGUUACUUGUCCAACGACAGUUACCAUGGUUACGUGGCAUGUAGAGUUUGAUCGCAAAACGUGCUGGAGGCCACAUUUUGGGAAGUAGUUCGUUCUUUUGCAAAAUCACGAGUUAGAUGCGAAGCUGACAUGAUUUUGUAGGCACCUUUCAAUGUGGCGGGAAGUACUCCAGCAGUUGUAGGGAUAAAAUUCGUCUUGCAAUCAA